AUGGCGGGGUUGUUGCGCGCGCCCGGCCGGAUAAUGCGGCUUCCGAGUAGCAAACUUUGGUCUCUCUGGCCUCGCGGCCUCGGGGUUUGGGGCCCCGGGGAGGGGACCGCGGAGGUCAUGCUGGGGCGGCUCCGCGCGCCGCCAGAGGAGGCGUGGCGGGCCUCGGGGCUCGCUGGCAGCUGCCUGCGGUGCCGGCUCUUCAGCACGGCGAGGCAGCCCCCGCCCAGGUCGUCAGGACCGGAGCCGAAGGGCGGCGGAGACCCCAGGCGCCCCUCGCAGCCCCGGCCUGUUUCCUGGAAGUCCUUAGCCAUCACAUUUGCUGUUGGAGGAGUGUUACUGGUUGGGAUGAAAUACUUCAAGAAAGAAAAGACAGAGAAGCUGGAGAAGGAACGGCAGCGAAGCAUCGGAAAGCCUUUACUUGGGGGCCCAUUUUCUCUCACAACUCAUACUGGCGAGCCCAAAACUGAUAAGGACUACCUGGGUCAAUGGGUGUUGAUUUAUUUUGGUUUCACUCAUUGCCCUGAUAUCUGUCCAGAAGAACUAGAAAAAAUGAUUCAAGUUGUGGAUGAAAUAGAUAGUAUUCCAACUCUGCCAGAUUUAACUCCACUUUUCAUCACUAUUGACCCGGAGAGGGACACAAAAGAAGCCAUCGCAAAUUAUGUAAAAGAAUUUUCUCCCAAACUGAUUGGCUUAACUGGCACAAAAGAAGAGAUCGAUCAAGUGGCCAGAGCAUUCAGAGUGUAUUACAGCCCUGGCCCCAAGGAUGAAGAUGAGGACUACAUAGUGGAUCAUACAAUCAUAAUGUACUUGAUUGGACCAGAUGGUGAGUUUCUAGAUUAUUUUGGCCAGAACAAGAAGAAUGCAGAAAUAGCUGGUUCGAUUGCUGCGCACAUGAGGGAACACAGGAAAAAGAGCUAG